CCUUGGUUAAUGCUCUCGAACGCUGGCUCGACAGUCAGCAGCUCGCCGCCGCCGGAGAGCCUCAGUUGCUUUUUAUAAAAGAAAAAAGAGGAAGAAAAACAGAUUCUUACCACAGUGACCUUACCUAUAGCUAGUUGUUGUAAGCCCUGUGGUAAAAAUUGCGUUAGUUCUUUAGUGGUGCAGAAAAGCGGGUCUGGUUCGAGUAACAAAGGUUAACCAGAGAUUCACGCGAAUCGUGGCAUGGCAGGACGCGAGCCCGCAAAGGCCAGUCGCGUGCCAUCGGCGGCCCAGGCGCUCCGCAGCGCGAGGGCCCAGCCAAGGCCAGCGCAACGAACAGCCCUAUCUGCUACCCAUUGAGAAAGCUGAGUUGUCCAAGCCCGAGUGAGUGUCGAGUGUGCUGUGAGUGCGGAUAUAAAUUAAGUGCGCGGGCGCGCGUGCGUGCAACACAACGAACCGUGAACGCUGUAGCAAUAUAGCUGUAUCGGCGGCAGCGUAGCUCCGUCAGAGACCAGAGCUGAUCAGCAGCGCCCUGGGCCAGAUACCGGCUACGAUGCCGCACGUCAGUAGUAGCGGCGGUGGUGAUGACCUCGGCAGCGAAGAUGAAGUCAAAAUUUUCAAGGAUGAAGGGGAAGACGAGAAACGCUCUUCAGAAAACCUUACCGAGGAAAAGAGCUCACUUAUCGAUCUCACAGAGUCAGAGGAAAAGGUAUCUCUCGUCAGUGGAAGCUACUCGACAACAGGCAAGACGACGGCCCGAUCUGACCUUAGUCCGGUCUUUGGAAAGGUGGACCCAACGCCACACACAUCUUCGUUCAACAUGGGCUACCUUGUCUCACCAUACCCCUACCCAAACGGAGCGGGAGGACCUAUUCCAGUCUCUAUGGCAAGUAAAAUGGGUCUGGCAGGAGCCCAUGCCAGUGGGCUGCCAUUCUUCUGCCCUAACGGAGAGCAUUUGACUCAGCCACCUCCCGCGCACAUGGGCAUCCCGCCGUACGGAGCCUUGGAUGCUGGAAAAGCAGCAGCGGCCGCUGGUCUGACAAGAACGCCGAUGUACCCGUUCUCCGCGGGCCAAUACCCCUAUCCUAUGCUCAGUCCAGAAAUGACGCAAGUCGCCGCUUCCUGGCACACGCCAAGUAUGUACCCGAUCUCUCCAGCGAGCGCUGGAUUCCGCAGUCCCUACCCCACGAGUUUACCCAUCAGUAGUUCAAGUUUACCCAGUGAUCUCUACCGGUUUUCACCCACAAGCCUUAUGCCUCCUCACCCUGGUUUGAGUCCCCACGCACACGCACUGGCAUCACACGCUCUGGUCUCCUCCGCUCCCAAGGCGGAUCACUCUACCUUGGAUCACAAUCACAGGUCUUCGAUAGAACAAAAAAAUUCGUCAUCGUUACCUGCAGACAACACAAAGAAUCAGGACACUGGACAACAAAACAAUCAAGAAAAAAAGAAACCCCACAUAAAGAAGCCUUUAAAUGCAUUUAUGUUAUACAUGAAAGAAAUGAGGGCAAAAGUAGUGGCAGAAUGUACCUUGAAAGAAAGUGCUGCGAUAAAUCAAAUCUUGGGAAGAAGGUGGCAUUCACUAAGUCGAGAGGAACAGCAACGGUAUUAUGAGGCGGCUAGACACGAACGCCAACUGCACCAGCAGCGCUAUCCUGGCUGGAGCGCUAGGGAUAACUAUGGAUACGGCAGCAAGAAGAAGAAGCGGAAGAAAGAGCGAUCCGCGGAUCCCAUCGGAGGUAACAACAUGAAAAAGUGUCGAGCAAGGUUUGGACUUGAUCAACAGAGUCAGUGGUGCAAGCCCUGCAGGCGCAAGAAAAAAUGUAUCAGGUACAUGGGGGAGGGAGGAGAUGGCGACGCCGAUGGCGACGGUGAAGCCGAAGAUGAGCACUCAGACAACCUAGGCAGUGUGGGUGAAGCUGGUACGCCUGAAGAUGACGAGUCAUUGAGUAGCCCCGGUGGUCUUUCCGGUUUAUCUAGUCUGGCAAGCCCCUCGCUGGUGCUACCCUCACCCUCGAGCUUGGCGAGCCCGUGUCCCCUGACGCCACCGGUGCUUAUCGGGCCCAGCAGUCACCAGCCACCCCAGCAGCCACCACUUGUAGCAGUGCAACAGCCACAGCCAGUCACUCCACAUCGUAAUCCAGUAGGAACGAAUCCACACGACAUCAAUAACCCAUUAAGCGUGAACCAGCUUACCGGCCAGUGUACCAAGACGGAACAGCCAGGACCCCAGCCCUCAAACCCGGCAAUUAGUGUCACGUAGCCCUGGCUGCUCAGAGCCAGCCGCGAGCUCGGCCCGAUGACACACGCGCAACGCACAAAUACUCAGGACAACGACCUGACCUCGACGACAAGUCCUCGUUUUCUUCUUUACAGCAACGAUCAGGAUAUUUUUUU